AUGUGGACCGCGGGAGCCACUCCUUGGAGACCAUUUGCCUGCUUUUCGCUCUCAAACUGUUGGAGGCAGGAGGAGCGUCGCCGCGGCGCGUUGGCAGCGCGUCUCCCCGCAACCCGCAGGGUGAAGUACCCGCGGCAGGUGCACCUGCUGCGGGGCAACCACGAAGACCCCGCGAUAAACGCGCUCUACGGCUUUCAGGAAGAGUGCCGCCGGCGGCUGCAGGAAGACCCGCUGCAAGAAGGGUCUUGUUGGAAAUCUUUCAACAAAGUUUUCGAGUUUUUGCCAAUUGCUGCUCUCGUCGAAAACCGCAUUUUCUGCAUCCACGGCGGCAUCGGGGGGUCUGUACACUCCGUCGCCCAGCUCCACCAGCUCCAGCGCCCCCUCAGGGUCGCCCAGGUGCCCCAGACGCCCCAGGAGCAGCAAGUCACGGACCUGCUGUGGUCCGACCCCACGGAGUCCGACGGCGUGCUGGGCGUCGCGCCCAACGAAGUCCGCGACCCCGACGGCUCGGGGCGCAUUUGCAAGUUCGGGCCGGACAGAGUGCUGCACUUCCUCGCGGCCAACGGGCUCGCCCUCAUCAUCAGGGCACAUGAGUGCGUGAUGGACGGCUUUGAGAGAUUUGCGGGAGGCAAGCUGAUAACUCUCUUUUCAGCUACGAACUACUGCAACCACCACCAAAACGCGGGAGCUCUUUUGUACAUUCGGCGGGACUUGACAAUAAUUCCAAAACUGAUUUAUCCUGCAAACGCGCUGUCUCAAUACAUAACAUGGUGA